AUGUAUACCCCUACUCACGACGAGGAUAUUACCAUUGUCAGCGGCGUUCAAGCAACUUGGAGCAUUCAUAACUUACCUGACAUUUUGUAUUUCAUCCGUCCCCAACCCGAACAUGCUAUAUCGGCUGUCCCUAGGCACAAGGCAGAUUGCUUGAUAUUUGGCAACGUCGUGAAUCACUACGAUGUUCUGCCUGUUCAGAUCUCAUCCCUGGUCGAAGGAUGGCGGGUGGAAGCCUGGAUGCGUCUGGACGGCCGUAUCACGGCAGAGGAUAUCAUUGACCGCGUUAUUCCGAAAUACAGAUCGCAGAUUGCACCAGGUGGGAUUGAGCUGCGUCGUAGUGAGUUUCGAGAGCUUUUUUAUACGACAAGCUGGGGGUGGGGAGAUACCUAUAAACGGGUGACCCAGGCCAUGAAAGCGAAAGGUUUGAAUCCAAAGACAAAUAGCACCAGAGGAUUAACCCCGGGCCUGGUCAGCCCCGAAAUGGGAAUUUUAAGCUCUCGUAUUCCUGUUCCUGAAUAUGUUGGAUCGCAAGUUCGUCCGAUUGCCUUUCUUGGACGCCAGGUUUUCCAACACGCACCUCAGGUUUGGUCCCAUAUUCCUUUAGCACAGCCAACUCUGGCCCCGUUGGGUAACUACAUGCUGCCUUUUGUUCGUGCUGUCACUGGAAGCAUGCCUUAUCCUCCUUAUCCUCCUUCUCCUCGCCCUCAUCCUCCUGCUCAUCCUCCUGCUCGUCCUCAUCCCACUGCUAUUCAUCCUCACCCUCCUGCUAUGCAUCCUCAUCCUUCUGCUCAUCCUCAGCUUCCCGCUAGUCAUCCUCAUCAUCCUGCUUAUCCUCAUCCUCCCGCUAUUCAUCCUCGUCCUCCUGCUCUCGAUCAAAACGAGUUGGCCUACCACGGCGGUCCUCCAGCCAGAAGAUUCCAAGACGACCCCGACGACAACGGGAGAACUAUGGCCUUAGAGGACUACCUUACCAGACACCGUCUCACAUUCCAUCAGUAUAUCCAUAUUCGCUAUGAGAGUCGUGUGGAAUUUACUAUGGCACUGGAGCCAGCAACACAGGAUCCAUGGGCCACUCUCGAUGGACAGAGAGACUAACUAGCCUAAGCGGUUAUGGAUUGGCCAGAAUAUCUCUGUCGAUGGAAUAUCUGGUAUUUUGCAGAUAGGGUGAGCUGUCUGGGGUUUGUAAUUUACUGUUGUCUCUGGGGCUUUUGUGUACGGGCGCUU